UCUGGUCUCCAGCACUGAACAACAAUGCUGUCUGCUAUGGAGGCAUCAGAGGUGGGAGAGGAAGGGGAAAUCUUGCGCUAUGAGGAAACAGAAGAUGACAAUGUCAGUCCCACCGACCUGUCCGAGCUGCUGAAGGAGGGGACUAAGGAAUCCCAUGACCGUGCAGAGAACACUCAGUUUGUCAAAGACUUUCUGAAAGGACGGAUCAAGAAGAAGCUCUUCAAGCUGGCCACCGUGGCACUUUACUUCACAUACUCUGCUCUGGAAGAGGAAAUGGAUCGCAACAAGGACAACCCAGUCUUUGCUCCUCUGUAUUUCCCCGUAGAGCUUCACCGGAGAGAAGCAUUGGUCAAAGACCUGAAAUACUUCUAUGGAGAAGACUGGAAAGAGAAGAUCCAGUGUUCAGAGGCAACUGAGCACUAUGUGGACAGAAUUCAUCAUGUGGGACAACAUGAGCCAGAGCUGCUGGUGGCUCACGCUUACACACGCUACAUGGGCGACCUCUCAGGUGGCCAAGUGCUGAAGAAGGUGGCCCAGAGGGCCCUGAAGUUGCCCAGCACUGAGGAAGGGGUCCAAUUCUACGUGUUUGACAACAUUUCCAAUGCGCAGCAGUUCAAGCAGCUCUACAGAGCAAGGAUGAAUGCUCUGGACUUGGACAAGAACACCAAGGAAAGGAUUGUGGAAGAGGCCAACCGAGCCUUCAAAUUUAACAUGAAGGUAUUCGAUGAACUGGACGAGAUUGGCAAGUCGCUGACAGAAGAAGCCGAAGACGGAGGCUUACCAGUCCACGAUGGAAAAGGAGACCUACGCAAAUGCCCUUACUAUGCAGACAAACUAGGUAGGUGGCGGGCAACGGCAAGCGUUGGCUAG